UCAUGCCUGUGACGAACACGGACGAAGAAGCGAAGCCAGUGUUGGCGCCCUUAUCUUGGCUUCCCGCUGUAUCGCAUCGAAACUCUUGGCUCCGCGGCGUUCGAUUGAAGCACUCUUCGGAGUGACAUCGUCAAUGGGGACGAAGCCAGAUUCGCAGCUGGUUUCUUCCGGAUCCGACUCGCCUUCUUUGUGAUUCCUGAUUGUUUGACCGCCCGUGGAAGGUGCUCUCUCGCACGCAUGUCGUGUUUUAAGCUGUGUUGUACUCAGUCUUCCUCGAGUUCCGACCUUCAUACUUUUAGUGCCAUCCACGUGACUCUCAUUCUGGCUCGUCUCGAAUGUUACCUCUGGAGUUACUAAGGGAGAGAGCUCAUUCUCAUGAAAACGUUAUCGAAGUCGGUUUGAACUGAUAACCUCGAUCUUUGACCUUGGCGGUUCAUUGUUUUCAAGAUGCCACGAGGCUCUGCGUGAUGCAGGUGCAUCAUGAGCAUUUUUGAUUUUUACGGAGGGCCUCUAUAAGCGGAAACGGGGAGAGCCCCACUUACAUUUACUGAAGUUGCAUCUUGAAGAGUUCUAGGUCUUCAAUUAAGCAGCUGAAGUGUCUCCAUUAAUCUUCGCCGGCCUCGGUUAUAUCUUUUGCUCAAUUCUGCCUCCAUUCCCGGCUAAUCAUUGAAAUGUGAUGUUUUGCCGAUGUUAUGGGGUGUCGCUUGGAACAAUCAGAAGCAUGAGAUUCGAGAGCUAGAAUUUUUCUUCUCUGCAAAUUGUGCGGCUUUGCAAAGAGACUCACAAUUGUUUCUUCAGGAAACUCUACCUGUGUUGCUUGGCCGGUUGAUUGAAUCUGAGCAUGUGGUCGUCAGCUCCUGCGCUUCUUGAGUUGGUUGAGUAAAUUUCGUGAGUCCUGUAGAGACUUGUGGCGAGUUGCUGUGUCAUCAUAAGCAGACAUUUGCGGCUAUGGCGGUUAAUUUGAUAUCCGCCAACCUUUCCAAGAAGUCUUGUGACUUUCCGCAGGGAUGCACUUCUCCCCGCGAAACUUCCAACUGUUUCAGAAAAACAUCAGCCUUUGGAAGUCCUUCACUUUCUGGAAAACACAGAAAUUCGCAGUGGGAAGGAUUCGAAGUUAUUCUACAGGGUUUACGGUCUUCACACUCUUUGAAGAAACUUGAAAGAAAACAACCCUUGUUACGGAGUAGCUACACGGGAUAUGGCAGUCUAGUGCAGGACUUUGGGACAGCCAUUGCUAGACAGUCUGAGCUAGAGACGGAACAGGGAAACCCAGGGAGGGGGGGAUCAGGUUCUCUAGGUGAGAAUUCUUGCACCGUCUCUUCACCCAGAAUUAGGGUUUUUCAUAGUGGUACAAUUCUGAGGAAUCCCAAGUCGUUUUCUGGGUUCUGGAAGAAUAGAAAGCAAUUUCGCGUUGCUCCAAUUUGCGGUGUUGAUAGUGGAGUUGCUUCGGAGGUUAUCCUUGAGGUUCCCUCUACCAACUUACCCUCGCAUACUCCUGGUUCAGUUAUACUACAAUCGGCCAGCUACAUUGAAUCUUUAGCGUUGCCAGUGACAGAGCAACGUAACAAAAGCUCCAAGGCAAUCCAAACUUCAAACCCUGUGAAGAAGCCCGUUCCAGAUUCGGAAGAUCUGACCGAGGUGAAUUCCUCCCGGCCAGGACAAUUAGUUGAAUGCUUUCAAGUUGAAGGCGGAAGAAUACUUUCUGGAGACGUGCAAAUUUCUGGGGCGAAAAACUCCGCUUUGGCUGUGCUUGCUGGUGCUAUUUGCUCCGAAGGGCAAGUUCAUUUGGAGAUGAUUCCUGACCUCCACGACAUUCGCCGCAUGUUUCAAGUCUUGAUGUCUGUAGGGGUCAAUGUUAAGAGAACUUCUACUGGAUUCAUGAUCGAUGCAAGGCAUUUGACAUCGGUAGAGCCAUGUCCGGAGACCGUGCGAAAGCUAAGGGCUAGUUUCUUUGUGAUUGGUUCCCUCCUUGGUCGGAAGGGAGAGGCCAUUGUUCCACUGCCUGGGGGUUGUAACAUUGGUGCACGUCCUAUCGAUCUCCACGUUCGAGGUUUGGAAGCUCUCGGUGCCGAGGUUGAGAUUAGGCAAGGCAAAGUCUUCGCUCGGGCACACAAUGGCAAAAACCUCACCGGUGGCAGUUUCUGUCUAGAUUAUCCCAGUGUAGGCGCUACGGAGACGCUCAUGAUGGCUGCUGCACUCGCAGACGGCUACACCACCUUAUCUAAUGUCGCUCAGGAACCAGAAGUAGUAGACCUUGCGAAUUUUUUGAUAUCAUGCGGGGCAUGUAUACAAGGAGCUGGAACCAGCACUUUGAGUAUUAAAGGAUCACGUAAACUUCACGGUACAGAGUACCGAGUCAUACCCGAUCGGAUUGAAGCUGGAACCUUCUUAAUAGCUGCCGCAAUUACUCGAUCUUCAAUUUCCGUGAAUUCGGUCAUUCCCAAACAUUUGACAUCAGUGAUGGAGAAACUUCUCACAAUUGGUUGCCGAAUUCAACAAACGCGGUCGGAUUCACUUCAUAUAGAUUGUACUGAGAUGCUUAGAAGCUGCAACGUGAAGACUCUUCCAUAUCCAGGCUUCCCUACUGAUUUGCAACCGCAGCUGAUGUCCCUUCUAACUACUUGCUCUGGGCAAAGUCUUUUAGAGGAGACAGUUUUUGAAGGUCGCAUGCGUCAUGCGGAGGAGCUACAGAAACUUGGAGCCGACCUGAAAGUGAGUGGUAACAUUGCUAUCAUCAAUGGCCAAGGCGUGGGCAGCUCGCUGUAUGGAGCACCUGUCUUGGCAACUGACUUGAGGGCAGGAGCAGCUCUAGUCUUGGCUGGAAUGUCAGCUGAUGGAACCACACACAUACAGGGAGUCGGACAUAUUGAUCGCGGAUAUGAGAAGCUUGAUAAAAAAUUUCGGCUAUUAGGUGCUUCCAUACAAAGGAUACGUUGCCUUCCCGCGGAGCUGACGCUGUAAUACAUUAGUGGUGUAAACGUAAACUUAUUAUUUUGUGCAACUCAACAACCAACCUUGUGGAGGAUAGUUGGAAGUCCCUAAAGAUGGGCAAGGUCUCUUUCGACAGGUGACGUUCGAGUUCUUCGGUUGGAGGAUUGCCGUUUGGCUUUAAGCAUUCGACAUCUUGUAAACUGGUUUGGUAAUUUCAUAGAUCGUCAAUUGGAGUUCAGCGAUUCAUUUUUCAUUUUUGGAUCGCACACCCAGAUCUUGUGAUGGUAUACUUCAGCUCUGGCUCAAUUUAUGCUUUUGAAUCAUUCUUCAUUGUUUGUACAGAACCAAUCUGCACCUUGGGAUUUCUCCGACAUUAGUGUUGAACCUGCCUUAAUGGUGCGAAAGGAUUACGUUUCGUGUGUUGAUGUCAUCUGAUUAGUUGAACAUCAGAAACUGAACACAUUUUUGUAUUGAGUGACAUUCUGGAGAUUGCCGAAAGGCUCCUUUGUUAGAAAGUAGGUAGUGCGUAAAAGGUUUUGAAAUGCAGAAUAGUUCUCUGAUAGAUGAUGUUUUGUGGUCUCUCUGAUGUGCUGUAACAUUGUACUAUUAUAUCCUGGUGGUGAAUAUUUCAUCUUCAGGAAGAGUAUUGUAUGGAUUAGUGGUUUUAAUGCGCUUCUUAGCAACCAGUUCGUUUUGUUUCAA